CUCCGCACCGUUCCGUUCAGAGCGAGGUCAGACAUGUGAGAAGAUGUCGGUAGGCGGCUGCGCGUGUCCCGGCUGUUCCUCCAAGUCAUUCAAGCUGUACUCUCCAAAGGAGCCCCCAACGCAGCUCCUUCCCCCGUUCCACCCCGGCACCAUGCUGGACAGAGACCUGGGCCCAACCCCCAUGUACCCCCCCUCAUACCUGGAGCCUGGAAUAGGGAGACACACACCAUACGGGAACCAGACAGACUACAGGAUAUUUGAGCUCAACAAACGACUACAGAACUGGACGGAGGAAUGUGAUAAUCUGUGGUGGGAUGCAUUCACUACAGAGUUCUUUGAGGACGAUGCCAUGUUGACCAUAACCUUCUGUCUGGAGGAUGGGCCCAAGAGAUACACGAUUGGCCGGACGUUGAUCCCGCGGUACUUCCGGAGUAUAUUCGAGGGGGGCGCCACCGACCUCUACUACGUGUUGAAGCACCCCAAAGAGUCCUUCCACAACAACUUCGUCUCGCUGGACUGUGACCAGUGUACCAUGGUUACGCAGAACGGAAAACCCAUGUUCACACAGGUGUGUGUGGAGGGUCGUCUGUACCUGGAGUUCAUGUUUGACGACAUGAUGAGGAUCAAGACGUGGCACUUCAGCAUCCGACAGCACCGUGAACUGAUACCACGCAGUAUACUGGCCAUGCACGCCCAGGACCCCCAGAUGUUAGACCAGCUGUCUAAGAACAUCACCAGAUGUGGACUGUCGAACUCCACCCUCAACUACCUCCGACUGUGUGUGAUUCUGGAGCCCAUGCAGGAGCUGAUGUCCAGACACAAGACCUACAGCCUCAGCCCCAGGGACUGUCUCAAGACCUGCCUCUUCCAGAAGUGGCAACGCAUGGUGGCCCCGCCAGCUGAACCAGCCAGACAGGCCCCUAAUAAGAGGAGGAAGCGUAAGAUGUCAGGUGGCAGCACCAUGAGUGCUGGAGGAGGAACCACCAACAACAACAACAAGAAGAAGAGUCCAGCGAGCAGCUUCCCCCUGUCCAGCCAAGUACCAGACGUGAUGGUGGUGGGAGAGCCCACCCUGAUGGGAGGGGAGUUCGGGGACGAGGACGAGCGCCUGAUCACGCGGCUGGAGAACCAACAGUUUGACGCGGCCAACGGCAUCGAUGACGAGGACAGCUUCAACAACAGCCCCGCGCUGGGCGCCAACUCUCCCUGGAACAACAAGGCCCCAUCCAGCCAGGAGAGCAAGAGUGACAACCCUACGUCUCAGGCCUCACAGUAGAGGAGGGAGGGGAGGGGCUUCCAUAGUCUUAAAGGGGUUUCCUCUCCUUGUGGGUGUGUGUCAAUUGUCUGUAGUGGCUUCCUGGCUGUUCUUAUCUUUUUCUCUUAAAGGGGCAAUCCGCAGUUGGGAAAAAUAACUCAGUGUCACCUCGACCUCCUGUUUUAGUAAAAAGCUGAGGGACGGGCCUGGAGAAGUGUAACCACUCUAAAAUUCAUAGACCGCUAUGGGUACAAGGACUGACCAUCCAAGACAUAACAAAAAUAUAUAUAUAUAGUUUGACGCAUGUUUUGAGGCUCUACAGUUUUUCAUGAGAUGUACAGUGGGUACAGAGUAACCCACGUUGAUGUUGUGGGUCGUGACGGGGUGCGUCAGUACAAUGAAGCCCCUGAGACAGUUAAAGGUCAUAUAGUCCUCAAGAAUCAACAGGUACAUAUCAUUCAUUUAGAAGUCCAAAAAAUGGCUGUAGGGACUACGGAUUGCCCCUUUUUAUAAUAGGGAUCUUAUCUUGGCCUGUGGAGUAGACGGAGGAUCCCUCUGGUUGAUGAGAGGUUUCCUUUCCCUGUCUACCUUCCUACAUCAGUUCUGAUAGGAGAACUUGGCCUGUGGAGUAGACGGAGGAUCCCUCUGGUUGAUAAGAGGUUUCCUUUCCCUGUCUACCUUCCUACAUCAGUUCUGAUAGGAGAACUUGGCCUGUGGAGUAGACGGAGGAUCCCUCUGGUUGAU